AUGAACAGAAUCAUUGGAAUGAACAGUUUCAUGGGAGUGAAGCUGAAACCCCUCGAGCCCAAGAGAACAACAACGGAUGAAAUCGAUCAUAGAGAAUAUCAGAAGCAGUACAACUACAACCCAUUCCGAGAUAAAUGCUACUCUCAAGAGAAAAUACGAAAUCAUGAGCGUUUUCACCUUAUUCAACAUUUUGUUGCUGAAUUAGAAGACAAAAACGUAUACUCAACAAGAAGAAAUAUUUCCGGUACUCCGUUUGGUAACGUUGAAAAAGUACAAAACGACAAAGUUUAUGCAUUGAAAAAAAUGCGACAAGUGAGUACAAGUGAUGAUAUUCCUAAAUCGGUUCUUCACGAAAUCUACAUGCUCCGCAAAUUGCGACAUGCUAACGUCAUCAAAUUGUUUUCCUGUUGUGUUUCCAAAUGCGAGAAAAAUUAUAGAACUUUUUAUCUGCGGAUGAAAUUAGGAAAAUGCGAUUUGGAUCAGCUCAUGUUCACAAUCGAAGUGCAGUUUUAUACAGAUGAAAUCAAGAUUCUAGCCCUAAGUUUAUUAGAAGGCCUAGCUUUUAUUCACAGCAAGGGAAUCAUGCAUCGUAAUAUUUCUCCAUCGAACAUUGUUGUGACAAACCAAGGAGUUCUAAAAAUAAUCAACUUUGAGAGGGCAUGCGAUUACAAUGAAAAUGGACCGAAUAAGAAAAAACCAAAACGUUUUAACAAGGGGUAUAACGCACCAGAACUAUAUCUAAAGGAUAUAAACUACGGACCAGGCAUUGAUAUGUGGGGUGCAGGAAUCAUCGUAAUGGAAAUGUUUGUUCGGCAGCGUCUUAUUAUGGGAGAAGGUUCCUUAGAGCAGUUGAACAACAUGGCACGUCUUUUUGGAAAAAUUAAUAUACGGGUUUAUCCAAAAUGCAAUGAAUUGCCCGAGUAUGAAAGUUAUGAGGAACAUGUGUACUAUACAAAAUAUCCCCUUUUUUGCAGUUUUUUAACAUUAUGGGUCCCGAAGAAAAUCUACAAACUCAUCAAGAGCCUUCUUGGGGGAAUGAUGAAGCUAUACCCACCCGAUCGUCUCUCCGCUUCUGAUACACUGAAGUGUCCAUGGUUCGAAAUGUCUCCACCUCCAGAAAAAAAUGUAUUAAGUCUAAUGGGGCGUAUACCGGUAAGUAUGAGUGCCACAGUGAAGUCUAGUUAA